AUGCGUAUCAUUUCCCCUAAUUUAAUCUUUCAUGCCUCGUUUCCCAGCCGCUUACCUGAAGUGGAUUUGAACGCACAACUUCUCGAGACGGAUUCGAUUCUCUCAAGCUCCUUGUUUGAUGAAGCUAUACAACGUUAUGAGUUACUUUCUGACCUUGUGCUUGACUCCCUGAAUUAUUACCACCGAUACGAUCGGACAUUUCUUGG